AUGUCCUGCAAGUGCUACGCCGCUCUGGUGCCUGCGGGCCCCCUGGUGCCCCACACCAUCGAGCGCCGCCCCGUGGGAGCCGAUGAUGUGGCCAUCGACAUCAAGUUCGCUGGCAUCUGCCACUCUGAUGUGCACCAGGCACGCGAAGAGUGGGGCAGCGCCCUGUUUCCCAUGGUGCCUGGCCACGAGAUCGGUGGCUUCGUGACGGCUGUGGGCCCCAACGUGACCAGCUUCAAGGUUGGUGACAAGGUUGGUGUGGGCUGCAUGGUGGACAGCUGCCGGGAGUGCCAGUCCUGCAAGGAAGGUGACGAGAACUACUGCGCCACUGGGGCCGUGAUGACUUACAACGGCAAGUACAAGUACAAGCACUGCCUGGAGUACACCGAGGAUGGCGGCAAACCUACUUAUGGCGGCUACUCCCAGAGCAUCGUGGUGGACAAGAACUACGUGUGCCGCAUCCCGGACAACCUGGACCUUGCUGGUGCCACGCCCCUGCUGUGUGCAGGCGUCACCGUGUACUCUCCCAUGGCCUACAACGGCCUGAAGGCAGGACAGAAAUUGGGCGUGGCCGGACUUGGCGGCUUGGGUGCCAUGGCUGUCAUGAUUGGCAAGGCCUGGGGCUGCGAGGUCACAGUUCUCUCUCGCACCGAGAACAAGCGCGACGAGGCCAUCAAGGAGCUGAAGGCCGACAAGUUUGUAGUGAUGUCCAAUGAGGAGGAUGUGAAGUCUGCUACCGCCAGCCUGGAUAUGAUCAUCGACACCAUCGCGGCAAAGCAUGACAUCCCCACCUACCUCGACUUCCUGCGGCAGAACGGCAAGUUUGUGAUGGUGGGGGCUCCCGCUGAGCCCCUUGACUUCCAUGCCUUUUCCAUCAUUCCCAAGCGAAAGACCAUCACGGGAUCCCUCAUCGGCGGCAUCCGUGAGACGCAGGAGAUGUUGGACUUCUGCGGAAAGCACGACAUCACCUGCCCGCAUGAGAUCAUCAGCGGCGAUAAGAUCACGGAGUCCUACGACCGUGUGGUGAAGUCUGAUGUGAAGUAUCGCUUUGUGAUCGACACCUCCACCUUCUGA